AUGGCCUCCCCCUUUGCACUUGACUUGGAAAAGAUGAAGGAAAUGUGGCAGUACAGCCUUAUGGGUGAAAAGAAGAAGAAAAAUUUUCUGGGUAUGUACACUGAGAACAAGUCUUUCGACGUCCAACUAAAGGAGGCUGCAGCCCUAUUUGGUGGCAACGAAAGGGAAGUUUGUGGACCGGAACCCAUUCAUCAAUUCUGCCAUGUUGACCAUGCUGGUGCUAUUGACAUGGUGCACAAAGACAAGGAGAAAUACUCUUUUGUGCCGGGGUCUGUUAUUGUGCCCCUGGAAAAGGAAGGGAGGGAAAUCUACAUUCGGACUCUUGAGCAUAGAGUCUUGAUUCCAAAUGGUGACAUCCUUAUCUUUAGAGGCGAUCUACCCCAUGGAGGAAUCACCAGUCGAGUGUCCGGUUCACCGCAAAAGGUGGCCCUUCAUGCACACCUUGAUUCAAAAUCCGUUGACAGAACUCAGCAGUUGAUUGGUCUGAGUAGUGGAGUGGAUCACUACCUACCCCAGGAACAUUUGAUGCUCCAUGAUGUGGAUCAGACAAUCCACUCUUUUUUGGAAUCACACCGAAGUCUUAACAGCAAGAUGGGUGAUUUUUUUUGUCGCCGUGGCGAUGGGGUAGACAAAUUCUUGGACAGAGCCUCCCAUCCUCAAGAUGUUCAAAUGGCAAAAGAGUUCAAGUCCCUACUUGAAGACCUAAAUAGAACGCACAACACGUACCAGCGCGUCAACAGGAUCUCUGAAAAGAGAGGGUGGACUGCUGAUGCUUGUGCUGAUGUUCCUACUAGGAGGUCGAAACGAAGUGCUGUCAUAAACAGAGAGCGUCUAAAGGAUCUUUGA